GUGGCACUCAGUGCCUUAUCCAUUUCAUAAAAUGACAGAGAAACAAAGGCACACCAUAAGAAGAGAUGGGCACAGAGGUCAGCACUCAAACCCAUCACCACCAACACAUAUUUGAAAAAGAAAAGCAUCAAAAUGUUAAGCCUGGCUGCCAUUGUUCCGCAACUCAAUCACCCAUCCUUCUCUUUUGCUCGCUCUGACUUCAGUGGCGCCAAGCUAGCUGCCUCUCCCCAGUUAAUUAACACAGGCCUCUCUCAGUAUAAAAGGAAGGCAUGUGGGAAGCUGCAGGUUUCGGCAAGUUCCAAGAAGAUCCUUAUAAUGGGAGGCACCAGAUUUAUUGGUAUCUUUUUGUCCAGACUUCUUGUCAAAGAAGGCCAUCAGGUUACUCUGUUCACAAGAGGAAAGGCCCCAAUUGCACAACAGUUGCCAGAAGAAUCAGACAGUGACUUUGCUGAUUUCUGCUCCAAGAUAUUGCACUUGAAGGGAGAUAGAACGGACUAUGAUUUUGUUAGGAGAAGUAUCUCUGCUGAAGGUUUGGACAUUGUGUAUGACAUAAAUGGACGGGAAGCAGUUGAAGUGGAACCCGUAUUGGAUGCAUUGCCUAAUCUUGAACAGUACAUAUACUGCUCCUCAGCUGGUGUUUAUCUCAAAACUGAUUAUUUGCCCCACUACGAGACUGAUGAAGUUGACCUAAAGAGCAGGCACAAAGGGAAGCUGGAGACAGAAAGGUUAUUGCAAUCACGAAGCAGCGUUAAUUGGACUGUUAUAAGACCAGUCUAUAUAUAUGGUCCCUUGAACUACAAUCCCAUUGAAGAGUGGUUUUUUCACCGCCUCAAAGCCGCCCGCCCAAUCCCCAUUCCCAAUUCUGGAAUGCAAGUAACCCAACUUGGUCAUGUUAAGAUUUUCCGGUGAUUUGCGAUGAACGGCGUAUUCCUUUUGACGACAUAGCAAGGCUGAGGCGUAGGCUCUAAGGCGCAUGCAAUGCAGCAUUGCAUAAAAAAGUAUGCAAUGGAUGGGAGGCUAUUAAAUAAUUAUUUGACUCGUCUCAUCGAUUCAUCUGCUCCCUCUCGUCGCUCGCCUCUCCCUAUUGUCUCUGUAUGUGCUUGUCGUCUUGUACUCUCAUCUGCUAGCGUGGUAGCCAAGGUAGCGAAGAUACUCCCGUCCAGUGGCCGUUUUAGGUGUCAAAAUAGCGACCUUAGAGGCUUUUUAGUCCCAAGUUUAAACCAUUCGGGCUUCCCAUCGGGGUUAUUUGCUUUCUUUUAGCUUUUAGAGAAUAUUUAGUAGUCUUAGAAUCCCAUAUCCAAAAAUUUAAGUGGAUAUGAUGAGGUAAUAAGAUCUAAGGGUGGACUAACUUAAUAUAUUGGAAUUAGUCAUUUCGUGUGGCUUGACCCAAUUGUCUUACGGUCUAGUUAGUGCCCCAACCGAUCUUGAAUUUGUAGCAUUCACUUUUAUCCAUGCUGAAAAAGAUGCAAAGUUUGUACAAAUGAUACUAAAACUGGAACCAAAAAAAUAAAAAAAUAAAUGGCAACUUAAAGGGCCUAGAUUUGUGUAUACAGGAUCUUGCAAGAGCCUUUGUUCAGGUUCUUGGUAAUGAUAAGGCAAGGAAACAGGUGUUUAACAUUUCUGGAAAUAGAUAUGUUACUUUUGACGGAUUAGCAAAGGCAUGCGCGAAGGCUGGUGGGUUCCCUGAGCCAGAUAUUAUUCACUACAACCCAAAGGAGUUUGAUUUUGGUAAAAAGAAAGCAUUUCCAUUUCGUGAUCAGCAUUUCUUUGCAUCAAUUGAGAAGGCAAAGAGUUUGCUGGAGUGGAAACCAGAAUUUGGGCUGUUUGAAGGUCUUACAAACUCAUACAACCUAGACUUUGGCCUCGGAACCUUUCGCAAAGAAGCAGACUUCUCCACGGAUGACUUGAUUCUUGGGAACAGUCUUUUUCGCUAGAGUUAGCCACGGCCUUUGGUUUCUUUCUUACCUUAAGGAACCCUUUCCAUUGUGCAGUUUCUUCAUUAAAAAGAAAAAUUACGAAUCUUGUCACCUUGAGUUGAUGUAAAUGAAAUAAUAAAUGCUUCUAGAUACAGUUAGUUUUCUAUUUACCAGUUCUAUGAUAUUAUUAUGUCUAGCUGACACGCCUACAGUCCUACACAUGUCCGCUUGUGAAGAGUGCUAAGUGCUAACCAUGGCAUAUUGAUAGUUUUUUUACCAUAAGCAUAUUGAUAGUUACGUAACAACAAAAUAUAUAUAUUUCUUGUUUAUACGUUUGAGUGUUUUGAACUUUUUGUUUAAAAGUCUGUUUUGAUCUUAUAUAUUGACUUCGAUAAAUAAAUUAUGUUCGUUGC